ACUUGCUGAGAACUAUGACUCUUUUCCCCAAGAUUUUGCUAAAGCCAGAAGUUGAAGACUAUCUGAGGACUAUAUUUCACAAUGCUGAGAUUGAAACAUCUCUUUAAGCUGGUCAAUCAAUCAAUCAAUCUUUACAUUGAUCAUUGAUUAAUCAAUUGAUCGAUCCAUCGUCCCGUCCAUCUUUUAAGAAGUCCAGGGCCGGAUAAAGCCUUCUUUGCCCCAACCCUCUGCCCAUUCCAAUGGGUCUUUUGGAGGGCCCUUUGGCUUCCCCUCCCUUGGCUCAUUAGGCUUCCCAACGGGGCCUACUAGAUCUUCCAGAAGUCCUGAAGAUGGCUGGCGCCAUCGCUUCCCGGAUGAGCUUCAGCUCCUUGAAGAGGAAGCAGCCCAAGACCUUCACUGUCCGCAUCAACACCAUGGAGGCUGAGAUGGAGUUCAACUGUGAGGUCAAAUGGAAAGGGAAGGACCUCUUUGACCUUGUCUGCCGAACGCUGGGGCUCCGCGAGAUGUGGUUCUUUGGGCUGCAGUACAUGAUCAAGGACACCGUAGCCUGGCUCAAGAUGGACAAGAAGGUCUUGGACCACGAUGUCCCGAAGGAGGAGCCAGUCAUGUUCCACUUCCUGGCCAAGUUUUACCCAGAGAACGCAGCGGAGGAACUGCUCCAGGAAAUCACACAACACUUAUUCUUUCUUCAGGUCAAGCAGCAGAUUUUGGAUGAGAAGAUCUACUGUCCUCCUGAAGCCUCUGUCCUUCUCGCUUCUUAUGCAGUUCAAGCCAAGUAUGGAGACUACAAUCCCAGUGUCCACAAACGUGGCUUCCUUGCUCAAGAGGAACUGCUUCCGAAACGAGUAAUAAACCUAUACCAGAUGACCUCAGAAAUGUGGGAGGAAAGGAUCACCGCCUGGUAUGGCCAACAUCGAGGAAGAGCUAGGGAUGAGGCGGAAAUGGAGUACCUCAAGAUUGCCCAGGACCUCGAGAUGUACGGCGUCAACUAUUUUGCAAUUCGGAAUAGGAAAGGAACCGAGCUACUGCUGGGGGUGGGCGCCUUGGGCCUCCAUAUCUAUGAUCCAGAAAACAAGCUGACCCCAAAAAUCUCCUUCCCAUGGAACGAGAUCUGCAAUGUCUCCUACAGCGAUAAGGAGUUCACAAUUAAGCCCCUGGAUAAAAAGAUUGAUGUCUUUAAGUUCAGCUCCUCCAAACUCCGGGUCAGUAAGCUGAUCCUCCAGCUCUUCAUCGGGAACCAUGACUUGUUCAUGAGGAGGAGGAAAGCGGACUCCUUGGAGGUCCAGCAGAUGAAGGCCCAGGCCCGGGAGGAGAAGGCCCACAAGCAGAUGGAACGGCAGUGUUUGGCACGAGAGAAACAAAUGCGGGAAGAUGCUGAACGAACCCGAGACGAAUUGGAGUUGCGGCUAUUGCAAUUAAAAGAAGAGGCUACCAUGGCCAAUGAAGCUUUAAUGCACUCAGAGGAAACAGCGGACCUGUUGGCCGAAAAGGCCCAGAUCACCGAAGAGGAGGCAAAGCUCCUGGCCCAGAAGGCAGCCGAAGCAGAGCAGGAGAUGCAGCGGAUCAAGGCCACAGCCAUCCGGAUGAAGGAAGAGAAGAGGCUCAUGGAGCAGAAAGUCCUGGAGGCUGAGAUGUUGGCACUCAAGAUGGCAGAGGAGUCUGAGCGAAGGGCAAAGGAAGCCAACCAGCUCAAGCAGGACCUACAAGAGGCGCGAGACAUGGAGCGAAGAGCCAAGCAGAAGCUCCUAGAAAUAACCAACAAGUCCUCCUACACACAGGGCAUGAAUGCGAGUCCUGCUGCCACACUGCCCACUGAUUUACCCUCCUAUGGAUUUAUUAGCGAGAGCCUCUCCUUCGACUUCAAAGAUACAGAUAUGAAGAGGUUGUCCAUGGAGAUUGAGAAAGAGAAGGUUGAAUACACGGAGAAAAGCAAGCACCUCCAAAAACACCUGAAUGAGCUGAAAACAGAAAUCGAGGCUUUGAAGCUAAAGGAGCGAGAGACAGCAAUGGAUAUCUUGCACAACGAGAGCAAUGACCAGAGCAACAGCAAGCAUACUAUCAAGAAGUUCACUUUGCAGAACACAAAAUCCCGAGUGCCUUUCUUUGAGGAACUCUAGAGCAAAUGAGCUGAAACAGUUAUAAACAAACCCGAUGCCGGAAACAAAGCUGCCAUCUUUCCUUUUACUUCCUUUUGUACUGUUUGCUAACUUUUGUAAUAAUACAUGAUGAUGGCGCUCUGUUUUUUGCCACCGUUUUUCCUAUUUCUCCCUUCUUUUGGGAAGGAAUACACACACACACACACACAAAUUGUUCCUCUUUAAAUUGUCUCCCUCGUUUUGGGGAAAUGUGAUUUCCUCCUCUGUGAGUUUUGUUAUAUUUUAUCCCUGUUUAUUUGGAUUUUAUCGCACCAACUUGUUGCUAAAAGAAAUGGAAAUAUAUCAUCAUUGCAACAAAUUGUUUUCUCAAAAAAAGAUUAUAAAAAAUACUAACAGCAACAAAAAUGUUAAUAACAAAACAUUGGAAAGAAAUAAAGGAAAUUCAGUUAGAAGAAUGAUACAGAGAAAUUUGGAACAUGGCUAUUAAUGACAAAUUGACUUGCGAUAUUAAAAUUAAAAAGGGAAUAUUGAAACAAACAGACUUUUGGAAAAUAUGGGGAAAUGUAUUUUGUUUACCUUCAAUGAAGGAAAGGGAUACAAGCCAGCAACAGAAGUUUUGGAUAAGAUGAGUUGGUUGGAUCUGGUGAAGGUGGCAAAAAAUAAUGAUGGAGGCGGGGGGGG